AACCAAACUCAAACCCAAACCCCAAAACCCAACGCCACAGAAAUAAAUACGACCGUGCCCUCUCUCUCUAAUCCUUCGUUUCUUCGCCGCCGCCCGAGUCCUUCCUCUCUCUCUUUCUCUUACUCUCGAAUUCGUCCGCCUCGCCGUCGGAUCUGUUACGGCCGUUCCUCCAUCGGAAGAAUCUCAUCGUUGGAAGCCUUAAUACAACACACUAUGGAUGGCCUUCCGGAGAAUAUUGUGGAAGAAGAGGUGGCUGUAGAGACUGAGAACUCACAUGAAACCAAACAAGAGCAUGAUGAUUUGACGGCAACUGAAGCUGGUGAAAAGAAGUGGCCUGGAUGGCCUGGAGAGAGUGUUUUUCGUAUAUUGGUUCCUGCUCAUAAGGUAGGUGGUCUCAUUGGCCGCAAAGGAGAGUUCAUCAAAAAAUUGUGCGAGGAAUCAAGAGCUCGGAUUAAGAUCCUUGAAGGACCUCCUGGAGUGGCAGAAAGAGCAGUAAUGAUUUCAGCAAAGGAGGAACCUGAUGCUUCCAUUCCUCCUGCUAUGGAUGCUCUUCUCAGAGUUCAUAAAUGGAUAAUUGAUGGUUUAGACGGGGAGUCUGGUCGUGCUCCACCAGGUUCUGAUAACACAGUGUCCACAAGAUUGCUUGUGUCUGCUACACAAGCAGGAAGUCUCAUUGGUAAACAGGGAGCAACCAUAAAAGCCAUUCAGGAAGCUUCUAGUGCUACUGCUCGUGUCCUUGACAAUCUUCCUCCUGUUGCGCUGCCAGAUGAUAGAGUUGUUGAGAUACAAGGAGAACCAAACGGAACACAUAAAGCAGUUGAACUAAUUGCAACUCAUUUAAGGAAGUAUCUAGUAGAUCGCAGUGUUCUUCCUUUGUUUGAAAAGCGUUUGUCAUUGUCAAAUGUGCACAUGGAACAGAACAUGCCCGCUGCUCAAACUUGGAGCCAACCCCAAGGUCUCCCCCCUAAUUCUGGUGGCUUAGGCUAUGGUGGCAACCCUCAGUUCAUUCCUCCACGGCCACAUCAUAAUUUUUACCCUCCACCGGAACGUCCCCUUUUAGAAAAGCAACCCCAUCAUGGUAUAUCUUUGUAUGGGCAAAACACAUCUCCAAUGGGCAUUCACUCGGCAGCAAAUCAACAUGCACCAACAAUGAUUUCUCAGGUUACACAGCAUAUGCAGAUUUCACUUUCAUAUGCUGAUGCUGUAAUUGGAGAAGCUGGUGCAAAUAUUAGCUACAUCCGUCGUUCUAGUGGGGCAACCAUAACCAUACAAGAAUCAAGGGGGGUCCCAGGAGAGAUGACUGUUGAGAUUACUGGCAGUGCUACACAAGUUCAAACUGCUCAGCAGUUGAUACAGAAUUUCAUGGCUGCAGCUGCAGCUCCUCAGCCGAGCACGGUAGGUUCCAGCGAUCAUGGUUACAGUUCAUAUCAAGCUCAUGGCCCGAUGUACGGAUCUCCAGCCAAUGCUGGACCCUAUGGUUCCUCAACCUAUGGAGCAAACUAUGGGUAUUAGGGAAUAUUUGGAAGGUUUAAAGAGUCGACAAGCAUGUCCGGUGCACUUACCCUAUAAAAAGACCGAGUCUGUAGAUGGGGAUUUAGUUUUGGAUUUUUAUUACGGUCCUCUUGUUUGUUUUAUGCCAAGAGAUAAUUUGAUGACAUUCUUGCUGUAUCGUCGUGUGCUACAGUGUCAACUGGUCAGGCCAUCGGUUGCAAUGAAAGCACAUUGCAGGUUGUGAAUC